AUGUCCCAAACAUCUGCGGCGCCUGCGUACCGCCUCGCGGUGACUGCGGGGCUAGACUAUGACCACUCAACGCAUCAACCAGUCGAGGUCAAUGGGAAGACGCUGCGGUUAGAAGAUGAUCGAUACCCCGAUUCUUCACCCAAGACAAGUCCUUACUUUGAGCAUCCGCUUCACAAGAACGACCAAUACUCGAUUUGCUUCACGUUCACGCCAAAGCGAGAUAUCAAUGGGAAUGACCUCGUUUUCGGAAAUGACUUUGACAAACCCCUUCGUCACCGUCUCCCGCCGGGCUUCAAUGCAGCUCUUCGUGUGGUGAAAUGGACGAUCGACUCAUCGCUCGACGGAGAUGCGUACGCCGAUAAGCCUUAUCUUUACAGCCCUGCGCUAGCAUCAUGGAAUCAAUUCCGCAUCGGCGAGAAAGACCAGAAGCGAGACUCCCUGAUGGCCAGUGACCUCGUGGUAGAGGAGGGCGCUGAUGGCCAAGGGAUGGAGGAGCGCGCCAAGCUCGAGAUCCCAAGCACCGCAGCGGCCCGUCAGAAGUUCUUCCGCACAGAGACGAAUCGUGAAGCGUUUGUGUUCGAAAGUGGCCGAACAUACCUGGCGGAUUUUGGUAAUCAAUAUCUGUCUUUUAGUGAAACUGCCAUCCGGCUUCCCGGAAUGCAUAUUCCUGUUUCGGGAAUGGUUGAUGAGGACAACCACGAGCUACGAUACGUGCUCAAGGACACAAAGACCGGGCAGGUCUAUUUGGUGGUUUCGUACACGCUCAUCAAACAGGAUUCCGAGGACUCUGCGUCUGAGGAGUCGAAGCAAAGCUGA